UACGCCCAGAUUAUAAGGAAAGGUUUGUUUAUAUUGAGAAGCCACCCUGUACCAGCCCUAGUCUCGUGUUAUAUUCUUCCUUUUGCUCGUCACCGGCAUCAUAUAUAUAAUGAUGUGAUCUGGUUUUUUAAAUGCAUCAAGUGAGAGAAGAUCAGUCAUGAAUUCCUUCAAAAGUUUCAUGAAUAAGGUUGGGGAACGGGUGCGUGAAGCGGGUCCCCAACAGACAGGGCAACAUGCUGGCAAUGGUGAGAGACUCGAGGGAGAUCCUGGAGAAGCAGUGGAAGGCUUUUUAUGUCCAACAUGUUAUAUGAGCUUCUCAACUCCUGAACUUCUCCAAGAUCAUUAUGAGGCAGAUCACAUCGAACCAUCAGCCAACUAUUUGUGUCCAGUUUGCAAGGCUAGACUCAACUCUCCACAGGAACUAGAAAAACAUUACAGUACUAUUCAUGGGAUGAAAGAUACAAGUGGCCACAGCCUUGAAGCUUUGCGGGAGGAAUUGACAGAAUUAUCUACCAACUUGCGUGAGGAACGCUGGUACUCUGAAGAGCUUAAGAAAGAAGUGGAGAGACUACAAAAUGCCUUCAGGAAAAAGGAUGAAGGAGAAGAGAGUUUUGUACAUAAGUCUCAACUAGAUGCUGCUGAAGAAUCAAGAACUUUGUUAACAUCAGAAGUUGUACUGUUACGAAAACAGCUUUCAGAAUCUAUAGAACUGAAUAGCAGUCUGCGCUCUGAGAAAGACAUGCUAGAGUCUCGUGCUUCAGAGUUUGCAGUGGAACGAGCUGAAUUGCGUGCUACUUUAGACACCCUUCAAGCUGAAAAAGUUGGCCUUGAGUCAGAGCUGCAUGACAUAAGGUCAAAUCGUGUCGGUCAAGACAAUCUAGACCAAGCUGAGGCUCAUCAGUUUCAACAAGAGAUUGCCAAGUUACAUGAGCAGUUGGUAGCUAAAGAAAAAGAGAGGGACUCUGUCAGGAAAUUGGAGGAUAGAUUUCGACUAGACCUUCAGUCUCUACGUGAAAAACUGAUCGACAGAGAUAUUGAGGCCAGCAGUUUCCAGGCUAGGGAGGUGGCACUUCACAACGACCUAAAAGCCAAGUCAGAACUAGCAGCUGGACUGAAAGAAGAGAUUAGAAAUCUGAAGGAUGAAGUAGACAUAAUGAAAAAGAAAUUACAGGGGAAGGAUGAGGAGAUGUCACACAUGUUGAGUCUACUUGAAGACAAGGAAGUUGCCAUGACAGGAAAUGCUCAGCAGGCUGAUGAACUCAAAUCUAAAUGUGCUAAUUAUAUGGAGAAUAUUCAAGCCCUGGAAGCUCAGGUUUCAGAGUUGAGUGCAAAGCACGCAGCUACACAGUCUGAACUAGAUACUUUACGAGAUCAGGUUCCAUCACUACAGAACAAGUUGACUGAGGCAGACAAAGAGAAAAACAAAUUAACUCGGGAACUCAGCGAAAAGGUGGGCGAACUAGAGAGCUUGAAGGAGAAAGUAAAUGAUGCAUCUAAAGAGGAAAGUGAAGUCUUGAAGAAGAAGUCUGAGCAAGUGGAAGAACUUCGUAAAAGUCUUAGAGAUGCAGAACAUGCAAGAACUACUGCAGAAAAUGCCCUUGUAGUAAAAUCUGAAGUAAUUGAACAGUUAAAUAAUAAAAUGACAUAUGUUAGUAAUGCUCUUAAGGACUCAAAUACCAGAACUACAACACUGGAAGGUAAUUUAAGAGAGAAAGAAAAAAUUAUUGAAGGAUUACAAGACAAAGUCAAGGAAAUUGAUAUUCUAAAGACUGAUAUAAUCAAGGAGAAGGAAAUGGCAAAAGCAAAAGACCAAGAAAUUAUUGAAGUUAAGAAGAAAAUUUCUGAAACUGAAACAAAGAAAAUAGAAGCAGAAAGAAGACUUCAAGACACUCAGGAAAAUUUACUUAGUGUACAGUCAGCUUCCAUAGUUCUUGAAAGUCAAUUUGAAUCUCUCAAAGAGAAAAUAAAACAAAUAACACAAGAUACUGAAGAGUUGCAGAGCAAAUAUAAAUUAGAAUUAACUGAAAAAGAAAACUUGAAGAGCAAGCUUUCAGUGGCUCUCAUGGAGGCUGAGAAUAUGAAAGAUAAAAUUCAGAAGCUGCAGUCACAAAAUUCUACCUUAGACACCGAGUUAAAAGCAGUGCAUGUAAAGAAUUCAAGCAUCGAGGCAGAGCUCAAGAAAUUAGCAAACGAUAAGAGCAAAUUGCUAGAAAGCGUAGUAUCUCUGGAAGGAAACAAAGCCCAGCUGGAAAGCACUGUGAAAGAGCAAUCUGUAAAACACUCCGAAGAAGUGAAGGAAUUGGGAGAAAAAUGUGAGAGUUUAAAAAAUGAAAACAAGGUAUUAUCUGAGCAAGUUGGCAUUAUUACGUCUGAAAAAGAUUCCCUGGAUAGAAAUAAAGCUUUAAUGACACAUGAAAUCAAGACCAUCAAAGGAGAUUUGGAGAGAGCAAGAACAGACUGCAGUAAACUUCAAGACCAGGUUCAGGAACUCCAAAAAGACAAGGUCACACUCGCUCAAGAGACAGCAACGUUAAAAGGCACUGUCAAGGAUCUCGGUGAUAAGAUUAAUGAGGAAGCCUCCAUGAGAGGUGCACUGUCGGGGCAACAUGCUGCAGAGUUGGCAGCGGAGCGUCAAGAGCGCGACAAGGCUGAAACUAACAUGUUGGCUCUUAAGGAAUCUAUAGCCAAGAUCCAAGUAGAACGAAAGAGUGAGACUGAAGCACAAAAGUCUGAGAUAAUGAAGUUAACUAAACAACUUGAAACUCAAAAAGAAAAAGUAGGAGAGUUGGAGGGUCGACUUGCCACCCUGGAAGCUGAAGCUGCUGGGCUGGCUGGAGAUAAGCUGGAGCUAGAGGUACGUGUGGAAGCGGCCAGUGAAGAACAAAGAGGCCUGGUGGAACGAUGUGUUGCAGCAGAAUCUGAAGUAGAGCGCCUGCAGGGCCAACUUACACAACUCAGACGUAAAUUGGAUGAUUCAACUGCUGCUCUUCAUGAACUUGGGAGAGAAAAUCAAAAUUUGCAGAUGGAAGCUACAAAAUUAGCCGGUCGCAAGUGGGCAGAUGACUCGGAAGUGCUCAAUUGUCUAAGUUGCAACAAGAUGUUCUCCAUGACUAUCAGACGCCAUCACUGUCGUAACUGUGGACAGAUAUUUUGUAAUGACUGUUCAAAUAAGCAAGCACCACUAGAAGCUAACAAGAAGUCUGUCAGGGUUUGUGAUGGCUGUUACAAUGAGCUGACACAAAAGUUGUAGAAGUAAGUUUAGAUAAGGGUUUAGUCUGAUGUCAGAAUAGUAUUUGGUGGGGUCAGUGUAGAGACUGAUAUACAAUUCUUAAGCUUAAGCUUUUUAACCAUAUUUUUAUAUUAUUUUCAAAGACAAAACAAUAUUAUAUGGUAACUUGAAACAACUUGAAGCUUCUAAAUCAUGUUGAGUUGGCUUAAACUAACAACUUCAGUACAGGCAAGUGAGGGGGACUAACAGGCUCUUUAAGUGUAAGAAUAAUACAAUUAUUUUUAAUAAAUACAUACCCUAGUACUUGCUUUAUUCUUUAACGUUUCAUGAUCUUUGUAGAUUUACUAGAAAAGUGACAACAUAAUGAUGCCCAUUUGUGAACAAAUGAAUUUCUUAUUGUCUGUAGAGCCCCUAAUUUGGCGAGGAUCCUCACUUUUGAUUAAUAUGUAAUUUUUCCCUCUACAUGUUCAGUACCUCAAUAGGUGAUUUUUACAUGUUACUAAUGUUGGCAGCUUAUGUUCAGUACCUCAAUACCAGAGUUAGUUAGCCAGAGCCUUUGACAAAUCAGCUCUGGUCUACUGCAGGUCAAGAAGGUGGGUGCUAUUAUUAUUAAUUAAUUAACUUUGCCAUUAUUUGAAGACUUGUACACACAAUCUGUGUGCAUUAUAGGCAGUGUGUACGUGGUUGAUUGUGCCUCAUAUCAUCCAAGAUUACUACACUUGAUUUAGAGGGAUCUAUGAAUGAACACCGGGAAGGGGGAGAUAUGGAUAAUCACAGGCAUGCUACUGUAUAUUAAAUAUUUGCUUUUCCCAUCGUUGUUACCUUUUUCUCUUGUUCUCACAAAAUUCUCUAAUUAUUAACUUGUAAUAUUUCCUUGUGAUAACAGCUACUGUACUGUACUUCCUAACAUCAACUUGUAUGUGUUUGGUAUGUAUGUAUAUUAGCAGGUUAAUGAAUUUUAUUUGGAGGCUGAAUAAUAGUAAGUUACUUUGCAUUUAUUUUUUUUAUUGUAUAAUCAGUACUCUCUCACUGUACUAAAUUGAGCCCUCUUCACAAUCAACAUGUUUUAUUUAUCUGCUGUUCUUAAAUUAUUGCCUGAUAGGUUUAGUAUCUAAUCUACUUAUUAAGAUAAUAGGCACUUUAGCCUGCAUGGAUUAUCGCUGUUCACGUCACAUGGAAUCAUUGUUCACGUUAGGACUUUAAGUCAAUUUUCUUUAGUUAAAGUCAUUCUCUGAAGACACACAGUAAUAUAUAUAGUCAACAGUUGAGAUGCCCAGGUUUUGCCCCAAGUCAGUAAAUAAAGCAGAAAAAAGUGGGUUGUUUUGACCCAUUCUUGGAUGGUUUCCAGAAGAAAAAGAUAAUAGGAGGAUGUGUUUGUAGUCAGUACUAGUGAGGUGAUGCCACAUGACCUCACAUCACCACUAAGACAGUAAUCACUCUUAAGUAAAUCAUAAAUUAGACAAGAACUUGCUGGGAGAACAGAUCCUUUGAUAUGAUUGGACACCAUUAAUUACUAUCUAUAGAUUCAAUCAUGUUAUAUUUUUUCUUGCUGAAGAGGAUCCCAGUAUGAAAAUAUCCAAA